GGGAAAAAAUUAAGAUAAUUUCCUUCACCCUACUACCUAUAUUGAAGUAAAUUUUAUACAAAUAAAAAAUUUAAACUCUAAAAAAUAAAUUAUGAUGAUGCUUGAAGAAAACUGAGUGUAUUUACUUAUAUCUUAGAAAAUAUUUUUGAAGAAUGACACAAAACUUAGGAGCAUAUAAAGUUGACAAAUUUAACUAAAAAAGUAGAAUUUCUCAAUCCCCAGCACUGCAAAAAAAAAAAAAAAAGUAAAAUAUCUGUACAAUAAAAAAAAUCACAAUAAUGAUGAACAACAAACCAGUUCACGCCGGAGCCCAGGGGAGGAAGCUUCUCUGAUCCAACCGCACUGCGGGACUCUGAGGAAAAGCUCCCAUCAGGUAGACGGCGGCUGCCACCAUGGGUAAAGGAGACCCCAACAAGCCGAGGGGCAAAAUGUCCUCGUACGCCUUCUUCGUGCAGACCUGCCGCAAAGAGCACAAGAAGAAACACCCGGACUCUUCCGUCAACUUCGCCGAAUUCUCCAAGAAGUACUCAGAGAGAUGGAAGACCAUGUCUGCAAAGGAGAAGUCGGAGUUUGAAGAUAUGGCAAAAAGUGACAAAGUUCGCUAUGAUAGGGAGAUAAAAAAUUAUGUUCCUCCCAAAGGUGAUAAGAAAGGAAAGAAAAAAGAUCCCAACGCUCCUAAGAAACUACCAUCUGCCUUCUUCCUGUUUUGCUCUGAACAUCGCCCAAAGAUCAAAAGUGAACACCCAGGCCUGUCCAUUGGGGAUACUGCAAAAAAAUUGGGUGAAAUGUGGUCUGAUCAGUCAGCCAAAGAUAAACAGCCAUAUGAACAGAAAGCAGCUAAGCUAAAGGAGAAAUAUGAGAAGGAUAUUGCUGCAUACCAUGCUAAGGGAAAAAGUGAAGCAGGAAAGAAGGCCCUGGUAGGCCAACAGGCUCAAAGAAGAAGAGUGAACCAGAAGAUAAAGAGGAAGAGGAAGAAGAGGAAGAGGAAGAAUAGGAAGAAGAUGAAGAUGAUGAGGAAGAGGAGGAGGAUGAAGAAUAAGUGGCUGUCCUGUAAUGAUGAGUGUGGAAUGUGUGUGUGUGCUCAGGCAACUGUUUUGCUAAGAAUGUGAAUUCAAGUGCAGCUCAACAUUAGUUUCAGUAUAAAAACUGUACAGAUUUUUGUAUAGUUGCUAAGAUUCUUUGUAGAGGAAAAUACUUUUUUAAAAAUGCAGAUUGUAGCUUUUUGAAGGGCUACUACAUACAGUUAGAUUUUAAAGCUUCUGAUAUUGAAUGUUCCUAAAUAUUUAAUGGUUUCUUUAAUUUCUUGUGUAUGGUAGCACAGCAAACUGGUAGGAAUUAGUAAAUUUUGGGUUUUUUAGGAUGUUGCAUUUUGGUGUUUUUUUUAA